CCCCCCCAACCUCUACCGGAAGAUUACCAUCGAUGUUCGACGCAACUUCUCAUCAUCGCAAGGUUGGUUGACGAUCCAUGUUGCUGUUGUCGUUGAUGGGAGAGCGGACGAUGCUUUCAUCAGACUGAUCGAGAUGAGAGGCGCGAACGGCACCUUCCCCAAGCUUCCUGAAUCACGUGAUGACAGCAAAAGAAAGAUGAAGUUUAGGGACUACAAAGAGGGAGACAGAUACAAGAUCAUAUUUCCAGAUAGGAGUUCAACCUGCAAGUUCCACUCGCUGAAACUAGCCCUGCUCAUCAUCACAUGCUGUACGGUUCUAACACUUCUCUACUCCCCGACGGAGCCCACCGAGCAACUCCAGCAGUCGAGUUCCAAGUCCAGACUUGUAGAUGUUGGUCGGAUAUGGCAACAAACAGCUUCAGAUCCUCGAUACGUAUCCAAUCUGGAAGUUGAUUGGCAAGGAAUACCAAAUCUUGUGGGAAGUGCAGACGGUAGACAAGGCAAUCUCCAAAUCGGCUUGCUAAAUUUCAACCUUUCCGAGGUUGGCUAUUGGAGGCAGACGAUCCCCGAUGCUGAGAUCUCGCCGGUGCGCCUGGAGUACGCUGACACGGGCAUCACAUGGAAUGUUCUUUAUCCGGAAUGGAUCGACGAGGAAGAAGACAAUGAAGUGCCCGCCUGUCCGUCUCUUCCGGAGCCCCAGGUCGAGAAAGGAUCAAGAUUUGAUGUGGUCGCAGUAAAGCUGCCCUGCCACGGGUCGGGAAGCUGGGCCAGAGACGUAGCGAGACUGCACUUGCAGCUCUCUGCAGCCAAGCUCGCUGCAGCUUCCGCCGGAGGGCUCUCCCCUGUCCGUGUGCUCUUCAUCACCGAGUGCUUCCCGUUGCCCAACCUGUUCACCUGCAGGAACCUCGUGAGACGCGAAGGGAACGCUUGGCUGUACGAGCCCGAGAUGUCCAUAUUGCAGGAGAAGCUCCGACUUCCGAUCGGGUCGUGCGAACUUGCGGUUCCACUGAAAGCAGAAGUGCGGCCGCAAACAGGGGAUGGAACUCGAGAAGCCUAUGCCACAAUACUGCACUCCGCGGAAGUAUACGUCUGCGGCGCGAUCGCCGCUGCUCGGAGCAUCCGGUUGGCUGGGUCAACCAGGGACCUCGUCAUACUGGUGGACGAAUCGAUAAGCGACCAUCACCGGAGCGGCCUCACAGCUGCGGGGUGGAAGGUGAGAGUGAUCCAAAGGAUCCGAAACCCCAAGGCGGAGAAGAACGCCUACAACGAGUACAACUACAGCAAGUUCCGGCUCUGGCAGCUCACCGAGUACGACAAGGUCAUCUUCAUCGACGCCGACCUGCUGAUUCUGAGGAACAUCGACUUCUUGUUCGGGAUGCCAGAGAUCUCCGCGACGGGCAACAACGCGACCAUCUUCAACUCCGGCGUGAUGGUCGUGGAGCCCUGCAACUGCACGUUCCAGCUGCUGAUGGAUCACAUCAACGAGAUAACGUCUUACAACGGAGGGGAUCAGGGCUACCUGAACGAGAUCUUCACAUGGUGGCACCGGAUUCCGAGGCACAUUAACUUCCUGAAGCAUUUCUGGGAGGGCGACACCGAGGAGGUCAAAGCGAAGAAGACGAAGCUGUUCAAGGCUGACACGCCGGGCCUCUACGUUCUGCACUACCUGGGGCUGAAGCCAUGGCUGUGCUUCCGGGACUUCGACUGCAACUGGAACUCCAUCCUCUACCGCAGCUUUGCCAGCGACGAAGCCCAUGCGACGUGGUGGAGAGUGCACGACAGCAUGCCGGAGAACCUGCAGAACUUGUGCCUUUUGUCGACGGUCACCAAGGCCGGGCUGGAGUACAACCGGAGGAAGGCCGAGACGGCCAACUUCCCCGACGAGCACUGGAAGCGCAACGUGACCGACCCGAGGCGGCAUAUCUGCUUCGAGCGUUUCUGCCGGUGGGAGGACGUGCUGCAGAACUGGGGCAAGCCAGCUUCAUCCAAAACAUGAGUACAUGCAAUGCCUUCGUUCUUUGGUUUUAUCUCCUUCUUCUUACUCAAAAUGUAAAGCACUUAGGCCUGCCAACCAUGCUUCAUUGAUUUGUACCUUUGUGUUCUUGAGAGAAUGGUGGUUGACCACCAACCUGUUUCAUUUCACCAGUAAAAUGUAUCAUCUGCACACGGAUCAUCACACUUUGCGUUCUUUAAUAAGAUCAUAAGUAGUCGAUUCUUUUUUACCAUGAA